AGAGGCACAGGAACGCACCGUUGUAGUCCGAUCGAACUACAAGUCCCUUGUCUCCCAGCUCUGUGGUCGUCACGUCGGGUAGUGUGCUGGAUUCGGUUUUUGAACGUCAGGGGCGAGCGGGAGUGUGUGACUUGACUGGAUUCAAUCGGCACGACAGUGUAUGGGUAAUAGUGCUAUCAGUUUCUUUUGGGAGCAGACUAAGUAAUGGAUUACAGUUUCUUCAAUAACGAAUUUAAACGGAGGAGCAGAGAGGUCAGGCUAACAGCAGUUUACGUAUGAAGGACCGGAGAGGCCGAGUACAGCCACGCUCUGUCUCAGAUGUCCAGAUGGCGACAGACAUUGUUGCACAGUUGGCCGACUCUCUUGCCCAGACUGGAGUAGAGGAAGGAGAGCUGAGCUACAAAGGCCAGGGAAGAAAGCUGGAUGAUGCCCAGUCAGUGGAAGAGAUGGUAAGGGAGAUCCAGGACUUUGAGGGUUUACAGGCUCUGAGGUUGGAGGGAAACACUGUAGGUGUGGAGGCAGCACAGGCCAUCGCCAAGGCACUAGAGACGAAGAGCGAGUUCAAGCGCUGUUACUGGAGUGACAUGUUCACAGGUCGCCUGCGCUCUGAGAUCCCACCUGCUCUGAACUCACUGGGUGACGCUGUGAUGCUGGCCGGUGCCAGGCUAACUGUUUUAGACCUCAGUGACAACGCCUUUGGACCCGAUGGGGUGAAGGGCAUCGAGAAGUUGCUUAAGAGCACUGCCUGCUACACAUUGCAGGAGCUACGGCUCAACAACUGUGGCAUGGGCAUCGGAGGGGGGAAGAUCUUGGCUGCCUCAUUGAUCCAGUGUCAUAAAAAAUCCAGUGCAGAGGGUGCCCCCCUCAGCCUGAAGGUGUUUGUUGCGGGGAGGAACCGACUUGAGAACGAUGGAGCCACUGCCCUCGCUCAAGCUUUCCAGUUGAUCGGCAGCCUGGAGGAGGUCCACAUGCCACAGAAUGGCAUCAAUCACCCUGGUGUUACAGCCCUGGCCACAGCCAUGCAGCACAACACAGGACUCCGCCUCCUCAACCUCAAUGACAACACCUUUACUGAGAAGGGGGCUAUCGCCAUGGCUCAGGCCCUGAAACACCUCCGCAGUAUCCAGGUGAUAAACUUUGGAGACUGUCUGGUGCGGCCAGCUGGGGCCAUAGCUAUUGCAGAAAGUGUAUCGGAGGGAUUCCCAAUCCUCAAGGAACUCAAUCUGUCAUUUGGUGAGAUCACAGAGGAAGCUGCUCUGGCUCUGGCACAAGCAGUAAAGGACAAGGACCAGCUGGAGAAACUGGACCUAAAUGGUAACUGUCUUGGAGAUGAUGGCUGCAAAGCUCUGAAAGACACCAUGGAAGGCAUGAACAUGGGGGAGCUUCUAGGAUCACUCAGUGAUGACGAAGGUGAGCCAGAGGAUGACGAGGAGGACGAAGAUGAUGACGAGGAGGAGGAUGAUGAGGAGGAGGAAGUGGAAGAGGAAGAGGAAGAAGAAGAAGAAGAAGAAGAAGAAGAGGAGGAAGAAGAAAGCAGUGGCAACAAGUUGUCCACCCCUGCAUCAGCACCCCGGCCCCCAGAUGUCUCCUCCUUCCUCAGCUUUCCGUCCCCAGACAAACUACUCAAACUUGGGGCCAAGAGAGCUUUGCUGAUCGAGCAGCAGGUGGAUGUAUCAGAUGCUACAAAAACAGCUGAAGCUUUCCUCAAGAUUGCAUCUGUGUACAAAGAGGAGAAUUUUGAUGUUAAGAAUGCAGUGUUGGACAGUAUUGACGCCCUUCUGAAGAAAGCUUUUGCCACUCCUUCCUUCCAAGGCUACAGCUUUGUAUCAUCUUUGUUAGUGCUGCUUGGACUUAUCAAGAGUGAGGACAAAGUGAAACCUGUGCUUGUGGUUCCUGGUCACCUCCACGCCUUGGAGCACGUUGUUCGACAAGGCUACUUCCCCAAAGAGAACGUGGCCGUGCUGGAGGCCUUCAUGUCCCGGUAAGGACGUGACAGAAUGAGCCAAUCAGCAGGCAGCUUGCAGAAACAACAAGGCCCUGGAGUUAUGUGGCAAUGCCAGAAACAGCCUCCAGUCAACACUGCAGAGAGUGAGGUCUGAGAGCUGAGGACUGUGGACACACACUCUCACACACACUCACACACACUCUCACACACACUCACACACACUCACACACACUCACUCUGAACUUUUGAUUGAUCACUGAUGGACUUCAGGAAACCAGCAAACAAGCAUAAAUUUGAAGCAAAUGAAGCAGAGCAGCACUUGAGAAGAAGAGGCUCCACUCAGGCGCACUUCCAUGUGUCACCACUGUCCUUCAGCAGCACACCCUUUUCUGGUAGUGAAUGCUUUGUGUUUUGAAGUAGACAAUACUCUUAUGGUGUGGACUUCUUGAAGUACUUCAAGUACACUCAUAACCACAGGACAGCACUGACAACUUGUUGUUUUUGCUCUUUGUAUUCUGGUGAAUAAGAAAAGGCCUCACUCUCCCCAUACCUUAAGAUCUGUGUGUUUUCUCCUGGUUAGUGAUGCACGACUGAUUGAAGCACAGAUAAAACUUGGGGGCCAACUGGAAAAGUUCUGAACAGGAUUGAUCUGGACUCAAAGCCUCAGCUGUUGUACAUUUUCUAUUUCAUAUCUACCUUUACUGUUCCAUAGAUAUAGAUAUAGAUAUAUAUAGAG